CCCACUGGAAAAGAGGAAAAGCACAGGGUACAAGGCACAGAGAGGCAUAAAAGGGAGAAAAAGAAACAGCAUGAGAAAAAUAGACAUGACAGGAGGAGUAAAAGUAGAAGGAAAGAUGAGAACCAGGCUACUCUUGACCUGCAAACUUCCCAUGGGAAAUGGGAGACUCUGCAGUCAAACACCCCCUUCUGCUAAGGAACUCUGGAGAGGCCAGACAAGAUGCACCCGUCUCCCCUGCAGACCAGAGAGCCAGGGGGGCUCAGACCGCUGAGGAUGAGGAGGGCCUAGCGAUAGCUCCUUCCAGCAGGGUAGGUACCAGCUAAUCCCACUGGUGGCCUCGGGGAGUUGGUGUUCCCAGCAGAGCGAGUGUGGCUGGCUCGUGUCCAGUGCCAGCUCCUCACAUGUGAGGCUGCACCGGAGCAUGCAGAGUUCAGAGGCAGGAUUAACAGGAAAGAAACAGAGGUCGGAGAGGAAAGAAAACAAAAGUUCAAAGGCAGGAGCUCCUGGGCAGCAGCUCCUAGUUUUGGUGCAACCAGCUGGGCCAGUACCUUCUAAAAUGGGACUUUUGGGACUUCUGCCAAUCCUAGCACCGUUCAUCCUCCUGGAGGGCAUCCAGGGACCUGGGCCGGUUGAAGGGACCUUCCUCAGAGCGUGUCCCAAAGUUAGAGUAAAGUGUGAAUUCGAAGAAAGGGACCAAUGUACCAAGAACAGACAUUGCCCAGAAAACAUGAAGUGUUGCCUGUUUAGCUGUGGAAAGAAAUGUUUAGACCUCAGAAAAGGUAACUGAAAGACCCUGUGAAUUACCCAAAGCCCUCACCUCCUACCCCACCUGCACUGCCAACAUUAUAUCAGGUUUUACCAUGGCUACAAGAGACAGGGAUAUGAUCUGCAUUUCCUGACUUUUUUUCUCCAGGCCUCUCUGUCCAUGUAAACCAGCGAUUCUUUCCCUGACCACCUUAGACCUCCUCACUCUUUCUGCUCUGCCCAUAAUCGGGCUCUAAAGACCAUCAGGGACUAUUCAUUCAACAAAUAUUCUUUGGUGGCCUUGCACCCGUGGCAGGCUCCACUCGCUCUCUGUGGCCAUGGGGAUCAGAAAAGCUUUUCCUGGAAAAGGGAUCCAUGAUUUAAGAUCUGAACGAUGGGUCGCACACAGGCAAAAGCGGGAGGGAGUAGCCUCCCGGCGCAGUCACCGCACGUGCGAAGGCUGUGUGCGGUCAGCAUGCCCAGGCCCAGCAAG